ACAAUUCGUCUCUUCUCACCUGAAGAUCCUCGCAGUUUCCCACGUACUCAAGAUGAAGUUUGCAGUGGCAUUAUUGCUCUGCGCCUUCGUGGCAGCAGCGUCAGGCCAGUACGAAUGGUUCAGGGAAAUUCUUCCUCAGUAUUACUCCUCCUGCAGAGACGUUAAGAUUACCAGUGGACAAACCAUCUCAGUCAGCAGUCAAUCGCUAAAGUGCGUUAGAGCUCUUUGCAACGACAAUCCGGCGAAUACUUUGGACAUCACCUGUUCCUUCACGUAUCCCUGCUUCAACAACAGAAUUUUAAGCACUUGCACCGCGAAGAAAUCGCU